CUUCACUGAGUGGCUGCCUUUAAGUUACACCUUUGCCACAGGUACAGUACGGAGUUACCUCUAACCGCCUUGAUACCGCCACAAAACCUCCCGCCUCCCCCCCUAUUAUUCGCCUUACCGACCAACAUCAUCACCCUACAGUAUUCUUCCUCUGCCUGGCCUUCAGUCGCUCGACACAUCCUCUACGUAUUAGCUUCGGGCGUCAAUAAUAAUGAAGAAGUUUGGGUUUGGCAAGAAAGACGUCAAUGCCGGCGACGAAGAUGCGUCUCGAAACGCACUCUUCGGUCGGAAGAAGCAAUCCCCAGCACCCAUGAACGACAAUCCCUACGCUCGGGCAGGCCCCAGCAACGACCCCUAUGCUCAAAGCUCAAAGUCCGCCAGUCCGGCUCCCUCCCAACAAUCCCGCGCUGGGCUUCCUUCCGGUCCCGGCGGCCUUCGCCGCGACCCCUCCUCCAGCAGUGCAUCCAGCUACUCCCAGCCUCCUCCCCCUUACGGCGCGUCCGACCCCAGCGAACGCUCGACUGGCCGGUACGGCGCCGACACAUACGGCGCAGCGGGCGGCUACGGUGACAACCGGUACGAUACCGGAAGCGGUCCUGGUGCAAACCGAUACGGGCCGGCCGCGAGUGCAUCGCGAAGACCCGGCGGCUACGGAGGCCUAGGCCCGGCGGGUGAUGGCGACUCUGACGCUCAACGGGACCAGCUUUUCUCGGGCGCGCAGCAACGGCAACAGCAACAGCAACAUCAACAACCACGACAAGGUGCUUCGCCAGUCCAAGGCCAGACUGCUGGCGGCGGCGGCGGCAGCAGCAGCGGUUACGGCCAGUCCGGGGCCUCGGCAGCCGACCCCUACGGCGGAUACGGGGCAGAGCGACAGCUCACGGAAGAAGAGUUGGAGGAGCAAGAGGUGAAGCACGUCAAGAAGCAGAUCCAGGACACGAGGCAGGAGUCGAUCCAGUCCCUCAACCGGUCCAUUGCUCUCGCCAACCAAGCAGCCGACACGGGCAUCAACACGAUGAGCAUGCUAGCCCGGGACGAGGAGCGGCUGAUCAACACGGAGAAGCGGCUCGACGAGGCGGCCAACUACAACAAGAUCGGGGCCGAGAAGGCCAAGAAGCUCAAGCACCUCAACCGCAGCAUGUUUGCCGUCCACGUGUCCAACCCCUUCACGUCGCAGCGGCGCACCGCCGAGUACGAGGAGUCGGUGCUGGAGAGCCACCGCACCGAACGCGAGCUGCGCCAGGCCACCCGCAAGAACGCGUGGGAUUCGAACCAGCAGAUGGAUAAGUCGCUGAGGAACCUCGAGCUGGGACCUGCCGCGCCGCGUCGGGACUAUAGGCCAUCGGCAGCCGAGACCAACAAAUACGUCUUCACCGACGAUGAUGACGAGGAGAACGCCCAGGCACUCGACGACGAGGCCACGAUUUCGCGGCAGAUGGGCGAGCUUGGCGGUGCAGUCAGCUUACUCAAUCGGGUAGCCAAGGCGCAGUCUCAGACUGUUCAGAGGCAGAUCGUAUCCGCCGACAGGAUUAACGAGAAGACCGACAUGGUGGACGAUGGUGUGCGCGUCAACAGGGCUCGUUUGGACCGCAUCAAGUAAUCAGGCCGGCCGGUGCAUGGCAUGGCAUGGCUUGGCUUGGCCAGAGAG